AUGGUCUUGUGGAACAUCCGGAAGGCGAGAAAUGGCUGGAUUUUUCGCGCGAAGGAACCCAAACCAGCAGAUCUGUUGAUCAUAGCACAAGAACAACAGAUUUCUUUCAGCAGAGGGAAACCACAUAGACAUGAACGAACACUUAAUCGACAGAAACAUGCUUACUGGACGACUCCGGAAGGCCAAGAUCUGAAGUUAAACGUGGACGCGGCAUGGAUCCCAGGCGAAUUCCUUUGUUCUGUCGCGGGCGUGCUGCGAGAUUCGGAUGGAAGAACCCUCGACGGCUUUGCGGCCACAGGUAGGGUUUCUUCGGCAAGUGAAGCGGAAGCAGAGGCCAUUUUACACGGUUUGAAACAUAUGCACGAACUGCAGUUGCUGCACGUGGGGAACAGUGGAAGUCGAACUGGGAAGUGCUUUAUCGAAAGUGACUGCUCUCCUGUUGUAGAAAUGGUGAUGGGCCGGGCCGAAACUCCAUGGAACCUAAAAGAAAUCGUGAAGCAAUGCAGGAAUGGGCUAAAUCAGAAUAAGAACAUCACGGUAAUUCAUUGUCCACGCCAAGCAAACGCUGCAGCGGAUUGGAUCGCGAGGAAUCACCGGCUUCGUACUCUCCCCGGUAAUUGGAUGCUAUCUCCCCCUUUCCUCUCAUGA